AGGGCUUCCUCUUCCAACACAUGACAUGUCUCGGUACAACAGUGAAACCUAGAAACAUUUACAGCGUCUGUCUUUAUCAUCAGGUGUCUGUAGACUGGCCAUCAGCUCUUCAUGGGGUGGAUAAAACGAUGACCCCCACCCUGCUUGGCCUGGAGGAGGUAAAGCGCACUGCGUGGGCAGAAAGAAAGCGAGAGAAGUAGCAAAGGAUGGGAAGGAGGAUAUGGGGCCGCUGCCAGGGCGUUUCUACAGCCGUACUCUACGGCUCCCUGUCUCUCUUCAUCUCCAUUCUCCACAAUGUCUUCUUACUCUAUUAUGUGGAGACCUUUGUGUCUGUUUACAAGAUCGACAAGUUGUCGUUCUGGGUGGGAGAGACUGUUUUUCUGAUAUGGAACAGCCUGAAUGACCCUCUGUUUGGCUGGUUGAGUGACCGCUCAUUCCUGAGCUCUCCUCGGUCUGGGUCUCAGAUCACGUCCCCUGAGGUGGUUGUGAAACGGCUGCAGGCACUCUCGAAGAGCGGGCCUCUCUUUGCCAUCUCUUUCCUGGCCUUCUGGGUGGCCUGGACCUGGCCUGGGCUGCAGUUUCUCCUCUGCCUGUGCCUUUACGAUGGCUUCCUCACGGUGGUGGACCUCAACCACAAUGCCCUUCUGGCCGACCUGGCCGUGUCAGCACACGAUCGCACACGCCUCAAUUUCCACAGUUCCCUGUUCAGUGCGCUGGGUGCACUGUCUGUUUUCCUCUCCUACUCCUUCUGGAACAAGGAAGACUUUUACUACUUCAGGCUCUUCUGUGUGACUCUAGCAGCUUUUUCAAUGCUGGGAUUUGCCGUGGUUUCACGCCUUCUGCGCCACCGGUUUCAGAAUGAAGUUCAACCACACAAGAAUGAGGACCAAGCACUGACCGAACUGAGUGUUGAUCAGGCUCCUUUUACGUCACCUGAAAAGCCUGUGACUCUUGGGGAAUAUCUUAAGCAGCUGUCACGCCACAAGAACUUUAUGUGGUUUGUCUCAAUGAACCUUAUACAGGUAUUCCACUGCCAUUUUAACAGCAAUUUCUUUCCCCUGUUUUUGGAGCACCUCCUGUCAGACCGUAUCUCUGCCUCAACCGGUUCCUUCCUGCUGGGCUUCUCUUACAUCGCCCCUCAUCUGAACAAUCUCUACUUCCUGACACUGUGCCAAAGACUGGGUGUCUACCAGGUUAUACGCUGGCUCUUCCUCCUGAAGCUUGGCCUUAGCAUAGCCUUGCUACUAGCCGGGGCUGACCAGGUGUACUUGCUCUGCAUCUUUAUUGCUAGUAAUCGCGUGUUCACCGAGGGCACUUGUAAACUUUUGAACCUGGUAAUAACUGACCUGGUGGAUGAGGACUUUGUGUUAAACCGACGACAACAAGCAGCUUCUGCUCUGCUCUUUGGCAUGGUUGCCUUGGUAACCAAGCCUGGUCAGACUUUUGCCCCUCUCAUUGGAACCUGGCUGCUUUGUGUCUACACAGGAUAUGACAUCUUCGACAAGAACUCAGUGGCCACUGAACCAAUAUCAGCCCCUGCGGUCCCCAUGCCACUGCGUCAGGGUUGCUUUUACCUGCUGGUGUUUGUGCCAAUCACCUGCGCCCUUCUGCAGCUGAUGGCUUGGUCUCGCUUCAGUCUGCAUGGGCGCAGACUACAAUUCAUCAAGGCCCUGAGGCAGGGUGCCCAAGAUGGCCACCCCAUUGAUGUCAAGGCUAUCUAAUACUCUUUAUGUGGGCAGGGAAAGAGGGAGGAGGAAUGAGGCCUGGAAAUUCCUCAAAACCAGGCAUUCUGCCAACAGACUGAACCACAAUAGAGAAUGGUGACACCACAUACUGCAAGACACACUUAAGAGAGAAUUGAUGGUCCCACAUCUUAUUGAAACCUGCCUUACUUUGCUAUUUUUGCUAGCUGUUGAGGAUUUAUAUAUAGUAUGUACUUGGGACCAAAAAUGAAUGGAGAGUUAAACAAUCAAGUGUUUUGGGACCAUAUUGACCAGUACUGCCCUAAAACUUCCUGGUCUGAUGAUUCAAUGUAUAGUUAGAUUGGUGGAUUAUCUAAGUCAAGCCAACACUAAUCAAAUGUCCCAACAUGAAAGGCCUCUUGCCUUUCUGUCCUUUUGUUUGGUUUUUACUCUUUGGGAAAUGGGCAACGCACUGUGUUCUCAGAAAGGGCAUGUUUACAGUAAGUGUUCAGUUGCAUUCCAGGGAUACAUGAUAUGGUAGUGCAUGGGUAUUUGUGGAGUUUUCUUUUAUAUUAUCAAGACUUACAAUAGUUUUUUUUAAUUGGCUAAAUUGAAAAGUUGUUUUGUGGCCAGCAAUAUCUGUUUAAUUACUUUUGUUUAUGAAAUGUGUUCCACCACUCAUUGCUACGAAUAUUAAUUAUUUUUGGUCAGAAAAUAUGCAUAUUAGGCUACCGCUUCACAUGACCAAAAAUACAGACUGUGUAACAUGUAAAAAUAACAUAUUUCUGUACCAAAUAUUUAAUGACUCUUAGUUUUUGUGUUUAAGAGGCAAAGUUGUCCAUUUGACUGAUGAGAUUUAAGAAGGUGACUAAUUCCUUUGCCAGUUCUACAUUUCAACACAAAAUGACCUCUCAAAGUUAUUGAAAUAGUUUUAUACAAGAGUUUUCCAAAUAAAUAUUUUUAUUGCUAAAUUUAUAUUCUACAUUUUAUCCCAUUCUCAACACACACAUCCAUACAUUUAUAUUACAUUUUCAGUUUUACUGUGAUUAAUCAUGGCAUAUAAUACUGCAACAGCAAGACACAUUUUAAUAUUUUGUAUUUUAGGCAGUAGAAAGUCCACCUACUGGAUGAUGCAUUAUGGGCACAUGCUCUCUUUCUCAUUUCUCUAUAUUUUAUGGUUAUUUAUUCUGAGAAAUCUUUAAAUUAGCUUUGGAAGUGUUAAACUUUCCCAUAUAUGUUGUUUCAUGUGUGCCAAAGACUAAACUUGGUCUUGGGGUUUAAGUUCUUUUAGUGCUUUUGCCCAUUGUUCAAAAUAUUUUUGCUAUUAAAUAAAUGUCAUUGUU